AUGAACGAAAGUCGAGAGCGAAUCCGCCGUGAGCGGGAGAGAGAGAAGAAUACAUACACGUCGCCUCGCCUCGCGUUGCGCCGCGUGCUCCUUUUGGCAGAAGGAAGGCAGUUCAGGGAGGCGGCCGCCAUCUUGUCGCGGCUCGGACCUGGAGUGCUACAAGGUGUUGCCUCAGAACUGCCCAUAGAUUUGCUGGUAGAAGCACUACCGCAUUCUGCACAUCUUAUUGAAACCUUAUUGAACAGGUAA